AUGCGGCUGCCUCUGCUCGUGGCCGUGGGCGUCCUGUGGGUGGCUCUGCUGCCCUGCCAGCCAUGCCGGGCCUUCCUCACUCGGGGGUCCACCCUGGGCGCCCGUCAGGCUCCCAAGGGUUCCCAGCCCCAGGAUUUCUUCCAGCAGCAGCCGCAGUCGGAGCAGCCCCAGAAGCCACAGCCUCGGCCCGUCCUGCUUCGCGUGGGUGAAGAGUACUACCUCCGCCUGGGGAACCUCAGCAGGAACCCAUCUGUCCCGACUUCUGGCCGCUCCUCGACCCUUCAGGGUGGCAGCCACUCUACGUCAGGGGUGGCCAACUUUUACCGCGAGUGGCUGCGGCAGCAGCCCCAGCGCGCGCUUACCAGCCCCACGGGUGGUGCAGCUGCGGAGGAGGAGAAGCAACGGCGGUCCGAAGAGGCGCCCAUCUCGCUGGAUCUCACUUUCCACCUCCUCCGGGAAGUCUUGGGCAUGGCCAGGGAUGAGCAGUUAGCUCAGCAAGCUCAGAGCAACAGGAAACUGCUGGACUUGGUGGGGAAAUGA